UGUCACGCCAUCAGUCGUCGCUUUCGACGGACAUAAAUGGGUUGUUGGUGAAGCCGCAAAGAUGUUCGGAAGGAGGAGGCCUUCGCAAUGCAUAUUCGAGGUAAAGCGUCUGAUGGGGCGAUCCUUCCUCGAUCCCAAGGUCAGCCAACUGAAGUACAUGUGGCCGUUUGAACUGGUAGCUGCGCCAAGUGGCGGUGUUCUAAUACGAGUCCCAGGGGCGCCGGAUAAGGAGCUGUUCGAACCAGAGGAGAUUUCUGCGCAGUUGCUGAAGGAAAUGAAGCGGAUCGCGGAGAAUUUCUUGGGCGGUGUUACGAUCAAACACGCAGUGAUAACUGUCCCAGCGUACUUCAAUGACAGCCAACGGGAAGCGACGAAGAAGGCCGGUACUCUGGCGGGACUGGAGGUGCUGCGUUUGAUGAACGAGCCCACGGCGGCAGCAGUGGCGUACGGGCAUCAGCGUUUGAUAGGCGGAGCUUGCGCGGGAAAGAAGAUAAUGGUCUUCGAUCUGGGAGGGGGAACUUUCGACGUAUCAAUCAUAGCCGUGAAAGAGGGAACUAAGGCGGACUGUGACUUCGAGGUCCGAGCGGUGGAGGGGGAAUCUCAUCUCGGGGGCGCGGACUUCGACAACGCCCUGAUCAAUCUUGUGGAAGCUGAAUACGAGCGUCAGACCAAGCAGAUCAUUCUCCAAGAUCUUCAGGCCCGUGAGAUGCUGAGAGAGGCUGUAAUUGCUGCAAAGCACUCCCUUUCCUUCGAGGACGACGCGGAUAUCGAGCUCAAAAUCCGUGGGGUGGAGUUCAGCAUGUCCAUCGAGCGUGCCAAGUUCGAGUCCUUGAACGAGGAGCGGUUUCAAAAGUGCAUCGCUGUCGUCGAGAAGGCUCUUCGCGGUGCCGGCAUGCGGAGCAGCGACAUCUCCGAGGUAAUUUUAGCGGGAGGAUCGACGCGGAUCCCGAAGCUUAAAGAGCUUCUCACAAGGUUCUUCGACGGCAGGAGACCGUUGCAGACCGUGCAACCGGACGAGGUGGUGGCGUACGGAGCGGCGGUGCAGGCAGGACUGCUGGCGCCUGGUUUGAGGAACGAUGACAGACCCGCCAUAACAGUCACUGAGAUCACUUCUUUAAGCAUUGGUGUGAAUUGUAGCCUGGACGUAAUGAGUGUCAUUAUACCGAAAGGUUCUCGCGUCCCGGCGAACGGAUCGACUAGUUUCUUUUGCGGAAGAGACUUCCAGAGCAGCAUGUUGUUCAAGUUGUACGAAGGCGAACGCGCUCUGUGUCGCCAUAACCGCUAUUUCGGCGAGUUCCUUCAAGAGGGCUUCAUUCCGUCGCAGGCUAACGGGAAGACAGUCACGAAGGUCGAACUCGAAGUUAACUGCGACGGAAUUGUCUGUGCAACGGCGGAGGCGACAGCGAACCACGUGGACGUCGGAAGCAAGGUCGGUUUCCGCGGGGUGCUCCGCAAGGACGGCGCUCUUGCAGCGGCGGUUCCCAAUGAGCCGCAGGAAGAUUGGGAAGCUACGGACAAGGCGUUAAGGGCAGCUUACGAGUCGCGAAAAGAUCUCAAGUUGUUGGCGUGGAAGAUCCGAGAGAACCUCUUCCGGAAAAUGUCUGAAGCCCAGAAGGCUAAGGUAAAUGAGGUGUUGAAGUGGUUAGAUAGCGAAGACCAUCUUGCAGCGCAGAGUGCUUACGACGCCAAAUUAGCUGAUCUCACCCGGCUGAAAAACGAGAUCCGGACCCCCCGUUGGCGCGGUGCUUCAAAAAACUGAACUGAACAGUUUUUUUGAAGCGCGGAACACAUUCGUUGCGCCGGGAGUCCCGCCGAUAGAGUAUCAGAAAGACUCG